UGGGAUCCGCUCGGUCGUUGGGGCUCCUGAGGGCCGGGGCCGGGGCCGCUCCCAGGCAGGCGUACGCAAGAGCCGUCUGGCCUUGAGCCCUCACCCCGGACUGAGGAAAUGACCACCCAGUACAGCAUCCUCUUCAAGCAGGAGCAAGCCCACGAUGACGCCAUCUGGUCGGUGGCCUGGGGGACAAACAAGAAGGACGGCGUAGACACCGUGGUCACGGGCUCGCUGGACGACCUGGUGAAGGUCUGGAAGUGGCGUGACGAGCGGCUGGACCUGCAGUGGAGCCUGGAGGGCCACCAGCUGGGCGUGGUGUCGGUGGACGUCAGCUCCACGCUGCCCGUCGCGGCCUCCAGCUCCCUGGACGCGCACAUCCGCCUGUGGGACCUGGAGAACGGCAAGCAGAUCAAGUCCAUCGACGCGGGGCCCGUGGACGCCUGGACCUUGGCCUUUUCCCCGGAUUCCCAGUAUCUGGCCACGGGCACGCACGUGGGCAAAGUGAACAUCUUUGGUGUGGAAAGCGGGAAGAAGGAAUACUCUCUGGACACACGAGGAAAAUUCAUCCUGAGCAUUGCCUACAGCCCCGACGGGAAGUACCUGGCCAGCGGGGCCAUCGAUGGAAUCAUCAACAUUUUUGAUAUUGCAACUGGAAAGCUGCUUCACACGCUUGAAGGCCACGCCAUGCCCAUCCGCUCCCUGACCUUCUCCCCGGACUCCCAGCUCCUCGUCACCGCCUCCGACGACGGCUACAUCAAGAUCUACGAUGUGCAGCACGCCAACCUGGCCGGCACGCUGAGCGGCCACGCCUCCUGGGUCCUCAACGUCGCCUUCUGCCCCGACGACACUCACUUCGUCUCCAGCUCCUCGGACAAGAGCGUGAAGGUGUGGGACGUGGGCACCAGGGCGUGCGUCCACACCUUCUUCGACCACCAGGACCAGGUCUGGGGAGUGAAAUACAACGGCAGUGGCUCAAAAAUAGUGUCUGUGGGGGACGACCAGGAGAUCCACGUGUACGACUGCCCCACCUGAGCCGGGCCCGGCGGGGGGCCCCGAGGUGAGCCCCCCGCACCCCCGGACGGUGUAAGCACGGUCCUGUUGCCUGGAGAUGCUAUUCGGACUUUAACAUAAGCAUUGGCGCGCA